UUUUUUUUCCAAUGCCCAGGUAGUGUUAUUGCUUUUGGCAAUAGUGUUUUAACUGAAGUAAAAACAGUGUAUCUUUUUUACAUUAUCAGAAUUCUAACUGAUGAAUAGAACUUUCUUCACGCCAUGCUCGUAAUUUACUUAUUUAACUGAAUUUAGGAAUAACUGAAGAAUGACGGCAAACACUUUUUUCGAUAGUUGAACAGUAGCAAGUGAAGCAUUUUUCCAUUUUUUUUAAAUGGUGGCAAUAAACCAACACAAGAUGUCUUCUGCCAGGGUAUUUUACAGACACCCUGUAUUUAAAAUGGCACUGUUUGACAAUUCAAGUAAACAAUUUUUACAUAAAACAAUAUUUGAAACGCUGAAUACAAACAACCAUAUGCAAAAAAUUACAAAAUCUAAUUCCCCUGAAACCAAGUUAAUUAAAAAAUUGGGACUGUGGGGGAGUUGCCAUGAUACUUAAUCACUAUCCUACGUACCAAUUCUCUUUUGUGUUUACCCAAGAAAAAAAAUGAAAUGUCUGACAAAAUUGCAUCUAUAGAAAACCUCAUCAAUACCUGCACAACUGUAUAAUAUAAAAGAUUAGUGUAAAGUGAAUACUUUGGCUGUGGAAAAUUAUUUUUCUAUCCUCAAUAGGAUCGGAGCAUUUCUGUCCAUCCCCAAAAGUUACCGUUUGGUAAUUUGGAAAAAAAAGUGUCCCUUAACAUGCGCUAAAGAUUAGAUAGUAUAAACGAGUUGCACAAUAUGAGCAGAAUAAACAGCUUUGAUAAUACAUUUGUUAGAGAAGUGCUCAUAAUAACUAAUGUCAUUAGUACAUUUCAAACUACAUUUCCAUUACAUUCCAGGUAAAGUAAAGAUGGCAGCACCAGCAAUCCGGGUUGUGAACCCCAAUGCUCUGCCAAGUCGGCAACAGGCAGUACUUGUGGCGACUAAAGAGGCCCGCAUGUACAAAGAAGAAGAUGAUCUUCCCCAAGCCCCCCAGCCAACUGCUGCACCAGUCCACUGCCCUGGUCUGUGCAAAAGAACUCCUCCGUGCUGAAGGGAUUCCAGCACCGUCCCAUCAGCAGUGCCUGGGGAAGCUGGUCAUACCAUUUGGCCAGUAUGAGCAUGCACCGUUCUGCUGGCUUGUGGCAAACGAUGUGGGCUACAUGAAGUAUGUCAUUGACAAGCACAGAAAAGAGGCGGCAAUCCAGAACCACUGGAUUAAAGACUGUCUGGCGGAGUACGCAGAGAGCUUCCCGCAAGUCUCGAUCGUCUUGGAGGCAAACAUCGACCGAUGUAUAUAUGGUCAGAAAGCUGUCAGGGGGAGGGCAAAGGCACAGCUGAGUGGUUCACCAGCAUAGACAAUGAACAUUCACAGAUUGUGUCUUUCGUCUGCGGAGACUCUGGGGCCCAUGUGUCGUGGAGUCAUGGACCGUUUCCAGCAGGCAAAUCAGCCCGUGCCCUUGAUUUUGUAUGUGGAUCAGGGGUGUUGCCGGGCACAGGGACCAUUCCAAAUACGCCACCUUCAAGUCUGCACUCGCUGGAGGUGUCCUGGCCUACAACCGUGAAGAUCUGGAGUUCCUCAUCAGAGCUGUCCUAUCAGGUCUACCUGAUUAGCGGCAUCGCCCGCUGGAACUCCGAUAGAUCCUCAGAUGCUGUUUAUGGUGGCAAAGGUCGGCGUCACUUGUCCUAUUCAGCACCACUGAUCGCCAGGCUGAACACCCGCUGCCAGCAGCUAUUUGGGGAGACUGUGGAGGAGAACUUCCGUGCCCCUGCUGCUAUGAUGACGAAUGAGCUGCUUGGGCUGGAGUACCUCUUCAGUCAGAGCACAGGGGAAUCGGGUUCCUUCACAUUGGAUAACCUGUCAAGUGAGGGACUUGCAGAGGACGAGGAGGUAAUUCAAGUUGGCCAGCCUGACCCGGGGGAGGAAGACGAGGCAUACGGUGAUGUGGUGGCUCCCAUUUUGUCGCACAUGAGGCUCACCAGCAGUGAGACCAGCGAAACCAACCCUCCUGCUUUUGAGGAUAUCUGCAGUUCAAAUCCCCUGCCUGGAUACCGACAGCUGGAGAUCUUCUGCUCUCUCCUGGUGGACAUUGGUCUGAAUGAGGAGCGCUUAACGCUGACCUCAGAACAGAGGAGCAGUCUGAUUGAUGCCUGGAAUGCCGUUGAGGAAUAUGACAAACAGCACCAGAGGUUUAACCAGCUGUACAAAACACACUGGGGAAACACAAUGUACUGCCGCACCAAGCGGGAGGAUCUUGAGGCUGGCAUGAUUCAGCGACUUAAGAUGGCUAAACGCUAUGCGCCAGCUCAACAAGACAUCAGUGCGCAGAACAACCGGCUAAUGUACACGCUGGUUAAACUUCUUUGGUUGAGGCUACCUGGAAGUUCGCAGUCCAGCCCUGAAAAAAAAACAGAUUGUGAAAGCUUACGAGAGGAUUCAGCACCGGGUUUUGGUUGCCCAACAGAGCGUCUGCAUAUGAUGUUUUCUUCUGCGGGCAGGAACGCGCUAGAUGGGCGUCGCCGUUACGAUAUGUGCAGCGACGGGGGCCCUUGCAGCCCCUGGCCAUGUGCCCCGACUCCAGGCAGUUGCAACAGCGCAGGUUGGCGCAUCCUUCCAGAGUAUGUCCAAAGCUGUGACACUGUCGGCAGAAGGGAGGCUGUCCAGAAAAGAGCGACGGCCUCGGCGGUGACAUGCGGGUUGAAACAGCGCACAGUUAUUACCCGCUUGUUGGGCCACCACAGUGGCUCAAUGUUGCACCGUCCGAGGAGAGGGUGCAGGGCCCUCUCCUUGCUCCGCUCCAGGACCUUGUUGUCGCUUUCGUCGGUGGACAAGGUGACCUCGAAGAAGCGGAAGGGCCCAUUCCGUAACACGCAGAGGAUAUUGUCCAUGCGCAGGCCCAGCGCUCCGAAGGCCACCUCCCAGAUGAAGGCGCCAACGUCCUCUUCGGCCCUCCAGCAGAACCGGGCGGUGUUACGCAGGCCGCUGCCCGCUGAAGGGCUUUUUCGCAGCACCGCCAGCCAUCACCAUCCGGGCAGGUCCACCGACGUCUGCAGUGCACCAGCUGCCACCUGUCGGUCCGGGAUUGUAUUAGGACGAAUACGUUGCCUAGAAUUAAUCAUUGUCUUCCUGUUACUGUCAUACAUAUGAGGUGAUUAGUCCACACACGAUCAGAAACAAUUAUCCUGAGAUUUAACCCUAUAGCGCCAUAUGUAUCAUAUUUGAUACAAAUAUUUCUAAGACCUCUACGUCAGUAAUAGGAUUACCCCUUUCCUCAAAAACCCGUUGUAUAUAAUCCUAUACCUGUCUUUUACCCCCUGGUGGAUGACUUAUGUACUGCAGGUGGAAAACGUCUCUUUUUUUUAAAGAAUCAAAGACGGCUGCACGCAGGUUGUAGCCGGCAGGAUUUUCACGGGAUAAGAAGUCCUAUUUUUGGAACAGUUACCGUAGGCGCAAUUUAGCGAAAAUUGAUUAUAUUUCAAAAUUAGCCUUUAUUAGUGUGAAACAACUCAUAAUAACUUAAUAUAUCAUGAAAUAUUUUAUUGAAAAACGUUGGUGAAAAUUGUGUAUCAAAUAUGAUACUAUGGGUAUGUAAAUGUAUUUUAUUUGUCAGUGCAUCAAUUGUUGUUUUAGUCAAUUUCGUGAUCAAAUUUGUAUUAUUUAUACCAUAAUACAAACAACUAAUAUAUUACUCAAUUUAAGCUUGAGUAUUUCUUCUAGUACACAUUUUGAGAAGAAUUUGGCAUUUAUGCUGAUCGCAAAUAGUCAAUAU